CGUGAGAGGGGCGCUGGCCCCGUCCGGCCUCCCGCCCCCCGCCCCGGCCUCGCGCUGAGGGCGGCUCGGCGGCGGCGGCUCCGCCUCGCGGGGCGGUGAGUAGGGGAGCCCGGCGGAGGAAGUGCUUCCCCGGGCCGGUUCCCAGGCCUCCCUUCCCCUCCUCUUAUUUCCUCAGCGCGCCACGUCUCCCUCCCUCACCCCCCGCGCGCCUCCUCACGUCGAGCCCUAUCGCGAUAAUCGCGCCGAGAGGGUAACCCAGCGAAAGGGGAUAUGAAUAUCGUCUGUGGUCUUAAGUUUCCCAGCAGGAACUGUAUUUUCUCUCACUUGACUUUUCUGACGAAACAGAGGAAAUGCAAUAACCUCUGUAGGUUUUAUACAAGAUAUUGCCAAAGUCGAGUCAGUUGUGUACUAGAUAGAUGCCAAAGGCUAGAUCUGAGUAGAAAUACUAGGAACUGUUUGUUGAUUGGAAGCCCUAACUACUAUGGAAACUCAAUUGGUAAAGGACAGAGGUGUCUGUUGAAUGGUGUAACUACGGAAGUAUACAAGAAUGUACACCACAGUUCUGCAAGACCUUGCUUCCUGUCUUCUCAGUCACUGGUGGAGAAGAUCACAUCCCUCCAAAUCAGUUCCCUUGUGCGACUCCCAAAUCAUUUUUCUUCUAGGAACGUUCAGAUCAUCAGGUUUUUUCACAUAUCACCACCAUUUCAGGCUGCUCCAGUUCCUUUUUUCUGGAUUAUUGUUAAACCAGCUCAGAAAUUAUUUGCUAUCAUCCUUGGCAGGAGCAUAAGAAAUUGGUGGAAGGCACUUCCUCCUAACAAACGGGAAGUCUUCAAAGAAAGUGCAAGGAAAAAUAAAUGGAAGAUACUCCUGAGUGUCAGUAGCUUAGGAGUUUUGUUUAUCGUGUUUUAUUUUACUCACUUGGAAGAGACACCCAUCACAGGGCGUGCUCGACUGUUGGUAUUUGGAAAAGAACAUUUUAGGGAACUAUCACAGAUGGAGUAUGAUAUGUGGAUGGCGGAAUUCAAAAAUAAAAUGUUACCUGAAACAGACGCACGCUAUCAGGUUGUGGAAAGAGUUGUCGGUCAUUUAUCUGAAAGCAAUAAAGACAUCCCACAGGUUUCUGAGCAGAAAUGGGUUGUCCAUGUAGUUGAAGAACCAGGUAUAAAUGCUUUUGUGCUUCCGAAUGGACAAGUAUUUGUUUUCACAGGAUUGCUAAAUGCAGUUUCUGAUAUUCACCAGCUGUCUUUCAUUUUGGGACAUGAAAUAGCUCAUGCUGUGCUGGAGCAUGCAGCAGAGAAGGCCAGUCUGGUUCACUUCUUGGAUUUCCUAUCACUCAUCUUUCUCACUAUGAUUUGGGCCAUCUGUCCUCGUGAUAGCCUGGCAGUUGUUGGCCAGUGGAUUCAAAGCAAGUUGCAGGAGUUUAUUUUUGAUAGACCAUACAGCAGGACAUUGGAAGCUGAAGCUGAUAAAGUUGGACUUCAGUUUGCAGCAAAGGCUUGUGUGGAUGUAAGAGCAAGCAGCGUAUUUUGGCAACAGAUGGAAUUAGCAGAAACCAUUCAAGGGCAGCCCAAACUACCAGAGUGGCUCUCCACACACCCUUCUCAUGAAAAUAGAGCUGAACACUUAGACCGGCUUAUCCCCGAGGCUCUUAAAAUAAGAGAGAGCUGCAAUUGCCCAUCUCUUUCUGGACCAGAUCCUCGCCUCAUUUUCAGACUUAACAUGCAACAUCUCCUGGAAUCAUCUAAAGAUCAACAAACCCACAACUCUACAAAGCAAGAUCUUACAAAACCAAAACUGGAUUUGCCUCACACUCAAAAAGUGGAAGAUAUGCCAGUAACUUUUGCAGUUAAACCAACAAACUCUUGAUAGUAAUAUUCAGUUUUUAUGAAACUCAUUGUCCUGAAAGUAAUAUUCAAUUUUUAUGAAACUCAUUGUCCUGAAGGUCUAUCUUCUAAGGCAAAUUUGUUUUUGAACCAUAAAGAACAUUUAGCUAUUUAUAUUCCAUGUUUCUUUCUUGUGAUCUCCCACUUAAAGCAAUAAGGAGUUCUGCCCCUGCAAGAAGAGCAGUGUGUUGGAGUAGAACAUAUCUUAUUCUUCACCAAGGGUUACUAAAAAUAAAUUGCUUCUCAGGGGAAAGAUAAUCUCAUAAAAUCCAAGCACAUAGUGUGAUUUUCAGCUUUGUCAGGCUCACCUUGUUCACAGGAUAGAUCAGCCAAAAGCAUCCCUAAAGCAGAGAGGAAAGUAGUUUUCAUCACUUAAGUUGCUUGUUUUAUCUUGCUGUAAUUUGGGUUAGAUCUGUUCAACUACAUUUGAGAAAUAAUGAUGAGAGCAUAUUGCCUGUUCCACAUCUGGAAUGUUUAAAAAUAUUAAGCUGAGAUGCAGUAAAAUAGCCUAUGGCCUGGAUACGCCCCCACUUAAUUAUGUGGGUUUUAGAAUAUAGAUUGAUUCAACAUUUCUCUUCAAAGCAACCUAAAAGUGUUGCACAAAGUUCAGGUUAAAAGAGGAGUUAAAUAAUUUUCCAGGGAAAUCUUUCUUCUAAAAAUGCUGUAGAAGAACCACAGUUUGUAGCACUAGAACACUUUGCAAGGAGGAUUGUGAUAUCCUUUUUAAAUGAUCAGGAUGCCUCAUCAGAGGCCAGAUUUAUUUUGGUGGCAGUUGAACUGGAUAUAUCUAUCUGGAUACAAGUAAUUGCUGCUAUGGAAAUACAUUCUAGAUAGUAGACAAAUGUAACAAGAUUUUUACCUGUACAGUUUUAGCAGUUGUACAAUAUGCUAAAAAGAGACUUCUCAGGAAACUGGCAUCUAAUCCUGGGCAUAAGAUAAAAAUGCAACACAAAAUACCCCAGCUCCCAAAAUGACUUUUAGUGUGGAGAUUGAUAUGCACAAGGUAGGUAAUGUUGAUGGACAAGCCAGUAUAGUCAGCAUGUUAUUUUUUAUUUGUAACUGGUUGAGAUAUACUUGCUUUCCUGUUGAUGAAAAUAUUGUAUGUUGAUUUUACAGGAAGAAAUAGAAAGAGGCAGGAGCAAGUAAAAACAAAAAAGGCAAUCCUUUUCUUUCAUCUGUUCAGAUGGAUUUGCUUUUUUGUUUUGUUUUUUGUUACUCACUUUGUAUUAAAAUAAAUUUUAUAUAUAGGAGGAAAUUCUGCUUCAUGUAUGAUAGUAUUUUUACAAUAAGGGGGGAUUCGAAAGAUUUGACAGUGUAUGAUAUUUGAAGUGUUCUUUUUUAUAUAUGAAGGGAGCAGACCUUGUCAUAUUUCUUCAAUUUAAUCAGAAUGCAAGACUUAAAAAAGGGGGGAUAAAGUUUGUUAGUGAAUCCGUAGUUUGAAAUACAGCUUGUGAAACCAGUAAUUUUACUGACUUCAGUCAAAGAACCAAGGUCCUCUGAGAAAUGCUAGUGACUAUCAACUUGCUAUCAACUUACAAAGUCGAUAUAUUUGCAGUGUUGAUUGUGUUGAUGAUUCUAGGCCUGAUUAUAUAGGUUUUGAUUGGCUGCAUGUUGCUUGCAAGCUGUUUUAAAACCUCUCCUCGAUAUUAGUGGCAAACAGAAAGUCCAGCCUGACCAUUAUUCAUCCAUCCAUUUUUAUUCUUAGUGACAGGCGUUUUUGUAACAGACAUUUAGUGAUGUGUUAAAGCAUUUGGACAUUGUCACCUGAAGGUAAACAGAAAAAUACACCAUUUAGAUUUCCCUGUGGACUUUAUGGUUUAUGCUGUAACACUAAGACUGCAGCACUACUGCCUCUCUCUCUCUCCAAUGUCAAAGCUUGUUUUGUUAUCUGGGGUUUCUCACUGACGUGCAACUUGAUGUUUAUGUCGGUUAAGACUAGGAAGAACGUAGAGGUUUUUGUAGUGUUCAAGGUUAAGGAUGAAACUACGCAAGUUUCAUAUUUCUACUGUCUAUUUUAAAUGGCCUAAGUAUUAGAGGGGAGUAUUGGAGAUGCAAAUUUAGAGCUCAGCAGAGAACUUUUUUUUUUAAAUUUGCGUGUAAAUGUAGCUAUGAUAAUCUAAUGAUGUAAGAGAUGAGACAAGUUUUCAAAGGAGAGUAAUAGCUUAUGUUAGACCAACUAAAGGGCUUAUGUGCUUUUUCUGACUAUUGGUCUAAUAAAAGAUACCUCUCUCCUUAUAAACCUUAUAUACAAAUGCACACACGUGUGUAUAUGUAUGUAUAUAUACAUGUGUGUGUGUAUAGAGAGAGAGUGCUAGAACACACAGAGAUUUAAGCUUCUAACCUAAAAUACUGUAGUUUACAGUCUGUAAUGGCAUGUUGAAAUUUUUAUUUUUUAAUUUCUAUCUUGAAUUAUCCCUAAUGCUUUGUCAAGUGCUUUAGCAAAGAGUUAUCUUUUCUCUCAGCUUCUCUUGGCUGGUCAUCACAGAAAAUGCCAUGUGCUCAUCUGCUUCUCGGUAGGCUCUGUGCCUUAAAUUCUUACUAAAUAGUGUACCUUGCAUUUGCGUACAUUGUUGAAGUAUUUUCAAAUACUUUUUGAACAGAUAAAAAUUAACAAAAAUAAAUAUUCUUGUUUUCCAAAGAUUUGAGAACUCCUCAGUAGAAGUUAUACUAUUUUAAUUAAAGAAAAUAUAAUUAUUUUAAGCCCAUUUUAAAUUAAUUUCAAACAUUUUAAAUUAAUUUCAAAUUAUGUCACUUUGGAAAAUACUGUUUUUACAAGCUUCUAGCAAGCUCUAGAAACUUUACAUUGCAGUUGUAUAACUUAGUAUGUUGUAGGAAGGAUAGAAAUCUAGUUGAAGGAAUUCAGUACUUAAAAAAUGCGUAUCAUCACAAGGAGAGAACAGUGGGCAAAAGGAAUAAGGUGAGAUGGAUUGGUAAAAAUGUUUCUACAUUUCUACUGCCAGUACUGCACGCUGUGCUUCACAGCUUCUUAUAGAAAGAUUAAGUAUAUAGUACAGGUCAUACUAAAUGUCUCCUAUGCAUUUACUGUACUGGGAGUGUUAGGAGAUUUGACAAGCGAGGCAGGUGCGUACAAGGCAUUUCUGUAAUAAAAAUGGCUGCCUGUAA